AUGUCGACAUUUGUCGAUCUACAGCAGCUGUCUCCUGAGCAGAAAAACAACGCCGAACUUCACAGGAUCUUGUCAUCCGACACAGCGCUUCAGCUUAAACUCGUUUCGCUCGACGGUAGUUUCAAUUCAAUCUACUGCGACAUCUCACAGAAGCGAAUUCGGUCCUAUGCACCAGCCAAAUUUAGGACGACGAUGUUCAAUAUUUUCCACAACCCAGCACAAACAAGUCCAAAGUCCACCAGCCGACAAAUCAGGGAGAAAUACGUGUGGCCUUCAACGGACCGUGAUGUAGUAACUUGGGCCAAAAAUUGUCAACAAUGCCAGCGAGCGAAAGUUAGUCGACAUGUUCACAACGAGCCAAAGCAGUUUCCACUUCCAACUGAACGUUUCAAGGAGGUACACAUCGACAUCGUUGGACGUAUACCGCCCUCGAACGGAUCGCAUUACAUUCUCCCGAUGAUGGACCGAUCUACAAGGUGGCCAGAAGCAAUUCCGAUUGCGGAUAUGACGGCGGAAUGCGUGGCAAGUGCAUUCUACAACACCUGGAUUGCCAGAUAUGGUGCGCCCAGAACAAUCGUGACCGACCAGGACUCACAAUUUGAGUCAGCGGAAGAUUGCAGCUGCUGGGCAUUUCGAGAUCCACAGCGUACCACCCAACGGGCUGAUAGAACGUUGGCACCGAUCAUUGAAAGCAGCGAUCACUUGUCACGAAUCAGGCAGGUGGACAGAGGUUUAACCAACCGUUCUUCUCGGACUACGCACUGCAGCAGAACUGUAUACGGGACGAUUCUCACGCUUCCUGGAGAACUUCUCGUACGAGAUGGAAACUCAACCGACAUGACAUGGGAAAACUUCGAACUUCUAGCUUGGCAUCAUCACAGGAACAAUGUUUUCGUAUACAAGGCGUUACACUCCUGUUCGCAUGUGCUCUUGCGCCAGAACGCAGCGAAACCGCCGUUGACACCACAAUAG